AUGGCGCCGGUCCUGCCCGCCGCUACCGGUCCUGCGAACCCGACAACUCAACAGCCAGCGGCGGCCAAGAUUAAACGUCCUCCGCCACCGGGCAUUCAGACCAACGGCGUCAGUCAACCGAAUCCUUCCUCAUCACCGUCGUUACCGACCAAACGAGCGCCUUCGCUGGCACGACAGACUCCCGGCGCCAGACCCCCAAGUGGUUCCGGACCGCGCCGCGAUGCUCCCGCUGGGGCAUUGGCAUCUGGCCAAAAUGCCACCAACGGCAUAGGCCCGCUGUCGGCAGGCUUGGCAGCUGGCUUUGAGGUCAUACCCAAGAAGGAACCGAUCCCCUAUAUCAAGUCAGCCGAAUACAUUCUACGCAAAUUUCGCGGUAAUCCGCCGUCGCUGAUUGUUCACUUGCACCCGACACACUUUCGCUUCGAUAACCAAGACGGCAUGUUUCCAUACAAGUCCCCGAUGAAGAUAUUCCUAGAGCACGUCAGGGCAAGGACGGUACCACACGAUCUUUUACAGUUUUUUGUCGAGGGUGAAGUCCCAUUCUACGAGGGAUGCCUCAUUGUACAAAUUCACGAUCACAAGUCCGUCGCCAUGGCAAACUCGAAAGACGUCGCGCGUCCGGCAUCAAAUACCACCACCGUCGGGUCCACAAUACAUAACCACAACCCGUACAUUACCCCAUCACCCUUCGCGCCAUUUCCUCAAGACAAUGCAAACUCCAAUGGUAAGGCAAACGCCGCGGGUGAAGCCAAAGGCAAGGCCAAGGAGGAGGAAGAUGGAGCCGAUAAAGAAAAUUCACCAGCUCCCAAUGGCCUGCCAGAAGCGCCAAAAAGCAAACCGCCGCCAAAAGCCAUCGUCCGCACUGUAGUGCUCCACCCUACCGAGCAAUCGAGGAAUAUGGACAUGAUUAUAAAAGCCACAACAGGUCGGAGUGCGGGUCAAGAUGCCGCCGGCGCGAUACCCCCUCCUACACCAUCGCUGGCCGUACCACCUACGCCAACAGCUACCACUGCACCGCCGGCGUCCAAGAAGAUAAAGCUCGAGCGCUUGGAGAUCGAUGGAUUGAAUAAACACGAGGUCGAAGCUGCCAUCCUACUUGCCAUAACCCCGGAAUUGGACCUGUCUCCGACAAGAAACGCCGAAGAGACGAUUCGCAAGUUGGAGUCGCAGGCGCACCCGGACCAUUCUCAUCCUCCGCCACAACCGAAGUCACGGAAGAGGACAGUGGCCGAAAUGGAGGCAGCAGAGGCCGCUGCGGCGGACGAGGAACGGUACAUGUUGUCUUGCGACGAGCGGCAUGCCGGCAGCAACCCAGGCGCAAACGGCGGCGGCGAUGGCGAUGCUCAGGGCACCGCUGCCGCCUUCGAACCGAGGUUUGAGCGCUUCAAACUCAUCGCAGAUAUUAAGCAAGAUCUGGCUGAGAAGCAAGCGAUCGAAAACGCGAAGAAGGCGGAAGCUGAGCGCAAAGCUCAGCUCAAAAAGCAGCAGGAGAUGGCCGAGGCUGCGGCGGCUCAGGCGCAACAGCAGGCUGCUUUUGCCCAGGCGCAGGCGCAGGCUCAAGCCCAGGCUCAGGCUCAGGCUCAGGCUCAGGCUCAAGCUCAGGCACAGGCACAAGCUCAAGCUCAAGCGCAAGCAGCCCAGCAACAAGCACAACAGCAGGCUCAACAACAGGCGCAGGAGAGGAUGCGGAGGGAGCAAGCUCAGCGCGACCAACAAAAGCAACAGGCGCAACAACAGCAACAGCAGGCACAGCAACAAUCACUUCAAGCUCGACAGGAGGCCCAACGACGACAACAAGCUCAAGCCCAGGCGCAUGCUCAAGCUCAAAGUCAGGCUGGAUCACCACCAAAUACUGCUGGGAUGCAACUUCCGCAUGGACAUCCUUCUUCACAGAACGUGCCAGUCUCGGGCGCACAUACAAAUGGAGUGCCAAAUAGUAUCCAAGGGCAAGCUCGGUUCGUUUCCCAACCGCCCGUCUCAUCACCCAUUAUCAGGAACGGUACACCACAGAACAUGUCUUCACCCAUGGUCAACAAUGUCUCGGUGCCAAUGCAAGCUUCCAACUCGAAUAUGGGCUCCGCUAUGGGCAGUCCAGCGCGUCCGCCAUCUGUGGUUCAGACUCAUCCACCAAUGGCGGCUGCUAUGACUGCGAGUAUGUCUGCUAGGGGUAGCCAGCAAAGUCAUCCAUCAAAUACACCGAGGAUGCCUAACGCAACGCCCAACAUGGCGCAUGCGACACCCAACCAGCGGCCCCAGGGCAUGAUGCAGACCCCUCGCAUGACACAAGCCACUCCUCCCCCGGGAGCCAUGGCUGGCGGGCAGAUGUCGAUGCAGCAGGCUCAGGCCAUGGCGAUGAACGGCCAGCUGGCCCAGCUGCAGGCCCAGAACCCCCAGCUUGCAGCGCAGAUAAUGGCAGCCAAUCAACAGAGCCAGUUCUUACAGCGCCAGCAGCAGGCGCAACAGAACGGUAUGAUGGGCAGGGGACAGAUGACCCCGCAACAGCUCCAACAGUUCAUGUUGGCGCAGCAAAACAACCCUGCCGUGUUCCAGCAGUACGCGCAACAGGUUGGUGAUUUGAGGCACGCUCAACAAUUACAGCAACUUCGGCAGAUGCAGGCUGCCGGUAUGAUGCCAGCACAGAUCCAGCAACAGCAGCAACAGCUGUUGAUGCAGCAAAAUAUGAUGAAUCUGAACAACAUGCCACCCCAACAGCUGGCGGCUAUGCAGCAACGUAUGGCGCAGGUGCAACAGCAGCAACGCAUACAACAACAGGCGCAACAGCAAGCCGCGCAGGUGCAAGCCCAGCAGCAGCAGGCGCAACAGCAAGGGCAUAUGCAAAUGGGUGGAAUGAACCAGGCUCCAGGCCAUAUGGCGCCACAGAUGGGCAACCCGUCUGAGGCGCAACUUUUGAGUCAAGUUAAUCUCCACUCGCAAGCAAUCUAUCGGAAAAUGCUUCCGUCGUUGAUCAGCAAACAUGGCGGCUCUUUGGAAGCGGUGCCACCGGACCAGUUGCAGAGUUUCAAGAAUUCAUGCAUUACAAUGGCGAGGCAAGCCGUCUCGCAGCAGAUGCGGAAUAGACAACAGCAGGCGAUGCAACAACAACAGCAACAGCAUUCCAUGAUGGGAGCACAGCAGGUUGCGAUGCAACAGCAGCAGCAACAACAGCAGAACAUGGGCGGAAUGAUGCAUCAGGGCAUGUAA